AUGGAACAAAGUAACCAAGCUGAUUGGGAAGAAGAAUCUUACAAACCAACUGAAGAUCAAGAUGGUCUCUUCCCUAGGCCAGAAAGUGAUAGUGCCUCUGGUAAAGGUCAUCCCCAGGCUGAAACAUCAGGGGGCCCAAGGUGGUAUUGGGAUGUAGCUGAUGCAAUGGAAGCCAUCCAGUACAUCACCAAGAGUAAAAUCACUGUUGAGCAAAUUACCACUGGGAAGGCCGGCAUCCAGCGCAUGACGGCACUGGCCAACAUCCAGAAUGGAAGACACCCCAAAGAAAAGCCAAUCACACCAAAAUAUAUUGCCAGGAAACUUCUUGAAGUAUGUAUCUCAUCUUGGGUCCCUGUUGAGCAAGGCUGA